AUGCACUCUGAUGGUGCAUCAUAUUAUUUGCCUCAUCAUGCCGUUAUUAAACUGGACAGCACAACUACGAAAUUGCGUGUCGUUUUCGACGGAUCGCAGCAAACAACGUCAGGAUUGUCACUGAAUGAUGUACAGCACCUUGGACCCACAGUUCAGGACGAUCUCUUCUCAAUUGCAUUGCGGUUUCGAAAAUAUAAAUAUGUACUUUCAGCGGACAUUGCCAAGAUGUACCGACGUAUCUACGGUGACGAGCAGCAACGCAAGCUACAGAGGAUUCUGUGGCGUACUGAUAGCUCUCAGCCUAUUAAAAUCUUUGAGCUGUAUACAGUCACUUAUGGAACGGCGGCAGCAUCAUUCUUAGCAACUCGCUGCCUACGACAGCUUGGAGAAGAUUCCAGAGAACAAUAUCCAACUGCAAGCAGAAUUAUCAUCCAAGAUUUUUAUGUGGAUGACCUCCUCACGGGCGCGGACACUCUCGAGGAAGCUCGAAUUCUCAAGAAGCAACUCACGUCUAUUUUGGAACCAGCUGGCCUUUUUCUUCGGAAAUGGGCAUCGAACGACGAACGAGUGUUCUUGACAGACGACCAGCCGAAUGAAGAUCGAAUGAUUCAGGGCGAUAAGAAUCCCAAAACAUUGGGAUUGCUUUGGAAAUCGACCACUGACGAACUUCGAUAUUCAGUGAAUUUUCCCAAGCCAUCAAAUGUGACAAAAAGGAUAAUUCUGUCACUCGUCUCACAAAUUUUCGACCCCCUUGGCAUUGUGGGUCCUGCCAUUGUACGAGCAAGGAUUUUCUUCCAAGAACUUUGGAAAGUCAAGUUAGAUUGGGAUGAAAAUUUGCCUCAAAAAAUGCAUGCAGAAUGGAUAGAGUUUCGAAACGAAGUGGAUAAUCUCAACCAAAUCAGUGUUCCACGACUCAUUCUAUUUAACAACCCAGUUAAAAUAGAAUUGCACGGGUUUUGUGAUGCUUCUGAGAAAGCUUACGGAACAUCUAUCUAUGUACGUUCGAUGGAUGAUCAAGGAAAUGUCAGAGUCAAUCUUUUGUGUGCUAAAUCGAGAGUGGCUCCAUUAAAAAAUAUUUCUUUGCCUCGUCUAGAACUUUGUGGAGCUCUAUUACUGGCUGAAUAUUUUCACAAGGUUAGUACGUCAGUGGAUAUGAAAUUCGAUCAUUCAUUUUUCUGGUGUGAUUCGACGAUCACACUCGCAUGGAUUAAGGGUUCCUCUUACAAGUGGGAAACUUAUGUUGCCAACAGAUCUACAAAAAUUCAAGAACUGACGAAAGACGGAAUUUGGAAUCACGUUUCAUCCUCAGAUAAUCCAGCAGACAUCAUCUCAAGAGGAAUCAACCCACCUGGAUUAUUGAGUCAAGUUACUGUAACAAAACGUGAUUCAGGUAUUUUUGAACUUUUUUCAUCAUUCAUGACAUUGUGUAGGGUACUUUCGUGGUGUUUUAGAAUUUCAUACAAUUUAGCUAGGCCCACGAGGGAUCUCAAGACAGGCUAUCUCGCACCUAUUGAAAAAGAAUCAACAAAAAAUAGAUUGAUAAAAAUGGUACAAACAGAAUACUUUCGCACUGAGAUUCAGGCUCUUGAACAAAAAAGAGAAAUCUGCAACUCGAGCAAACUCAAAUCACUUCAACCAUUUCUCGACGACUCAGGAUUGCUCAGGGUGGGCGGUAGACUACGGUACGCCCCGAUUUCCUACGAUCAGAAGCAUCAAAUUAUUUUACCUGCUGAUCAUAUAUUGACACGCUUAAUUAUUAUGGACGAACGCAGCCGAUUAAUGCACGCUGGCUGUCAAAGCGUAAUGUCAUCACUACGGACUCGUUAUUGGCCACUCUCAUGUAAAAACGCAGUCAAGAAUGUUCUUCAAAGGUGUAUUCGAUGUUUUCGAGUGAGGCCAGUAGACACAGAAUAUAUCAUGGGAAAUUUACCUGCGGCACGAGUCACACCGUCUCGUCCUUUUAAUUCCUGCGGAGUUGACUAUGCAGGGCCGUAUAUCGUUAAGGACAGACCUCGAAGUAAAACGAUCACGAAGGCAUAUCUAUGCAUAUUCGUAUGUUUUGCGACUAAGUCGGUCCAUCUGGAAUUGGCAACGGAUUUGUUAACGUCGGGAUUUUUAAGCUGUUUUCAUAGAUUUAUAUCUCGACGAGGUCUUCUACAAGAUAUAUACUCGGACAACGGAACCAACUUUGUCGGCGCUAAAAAUGAAUUAAAUGAACUCGUAAGACUGUUGCUUACCUCAGAACAUCAGGAACGUGUGACGAAUUUUGCAUCUCGAGAAGGAAUACACUGGCAUUUCAUUCCUUCUCACGCUCCACAUUUCGGUGGAUUAUGGGAGCGGGCCGUAAAAUCAGUAAAAUAUCAUUUGAAGCGAGUCAUCGGCGAAAAGGCACUCAUUUUCCCUGAAUUAUACACUCUCUUGACUCAAGUAGAAGCCUGCUUGAAUUCCCGACCUUUGUCACCCUUAUCUGUUGAUCCAAAUGACCUCGAACCUCUCACUCCUGGACAUUUCCUUAUUGGAGGCUCAUUGGUGGCACUACCGCAACCAUAUUUGCGUCAUCUUCCUGUAUCACGUUUAGAUCGUUACCAGCAUAUACAACAGAUGGUCCAGCACUUUUGGCAGCGCUGGCAAAAGGAAUAUUUGCACCAGCUUCAGCAGCGGUACAAAUGGUCACACACGAAUCAGGAUCCAAUUAAAUUAGGAUCGUUAGUCCUGUUGAAGGAAGACAACCUUUCCCCUCUUAGGUGGCGUCUAGGACGAGUCACAGAGCUGCAUCCAGGCAAGGGCAACGUGACACGAGUGGUCUCGGUUAGAGUUGGAAAAUCAACCUUACAGCGACCAGUAUCGAAAUUGUGUGUUCUUCCAAUGGACACAUCAACAACGAGUGAUUAA